GUGACAGGACCUGAGGAGGCACGCUGCUUCGCAGACAGUUGCCCAGCAUAACACUCGCUCCCUCCCCACUUGCACCUAAAUUUCUGAGCUGCAAGCAGGCAGAAAUGCCUCCCACCUUCUCUCCUUAGCGCCUCUCUCCCUGCUUUGCUGCUGUCUCUAUUUUGUUCCAUUUACUGGGAAGGUGACACUUCAGAUCAAAAGACCCACUGUAACUUGCAAAAGCCCAGAACCACCACCAGACCCUGGGCAAAAACAGGGCUGUCCAGCCCAGGGUUAAGGCUGUGAGUAGAGAAGGAGCGGCGAGGAAUGUUGGCGAGUCGCUCCAGGAACAGCCCCUGCAGACGGGUCCAACUCUCCAAGGGCUAGGGAGACCCGGGGAGCCUCGUGGCGGUGCAGAGGACGAGCUCCUAACUGCAAACAAAGUGCUGAGUAGAGGGCGUUGGGGGCAGGGGAGGCUUCUGGACUCCACUUUGUAUGCAGCAGCUGCGGGGCAAGCAGGCUGCGGAGCCCUUGCGGAGACCUCUCUCCAGUAGCCGCCGGGGCCCUUGGCAGUCGAAGGAGGUGCUUCUCGCGGAGAGCCUGGGACCCGCUGUGCCGAGCCAGGAGGGCCGCGAGGGCCCUGAGAUGACGAGCGGUGCCCGGGCCCGCUUACCUGCUUCGCUUGCUCCGAGCCGCGGGGUCCGCCUGCUGGGCCUGCGGGAAACGUCCCAGAGACUCUCGGCCCCCGAGGUGCGCUCGUGAGGCGCGAGCACGCGACCGGAAAGCAGCCAGGCGGCGGGCGCGAGGCGGGCUGUUUUACAUUAUGUGCCGCUCGGCCCUGGCUUUUUUUACCGCUGCUCUUGCCUGCCUGCAAAACGACCGGCGAGGUCCCGCCUCGUUCCUCUGGGCGGCCUGGGUGUUUUCACUUGUUCUUGGACUGGGCCAAGGUGAAGACAAUAGAUGUGCAUCUUCAAAUGCAGCAUCCUGUGCCAGGUGCCUUGCACUGGGUCCAGACUGUGGAUGGUGUGUUCAAGAGGAUUUCAUUUCAGAUGGAUCAAGAAGUGAACGUUGUGAUAUUGUUUCCAAUUUAAUAAGCAAAGGCUGCUCAGUUGAUUCAAUAGAAUACCCACAUGUGCAUGUAACAAUACCCACUGAAAAUGAAAUUAAUACCCAGGUGACACCAGGAGAAGUGUCUAUCCAGCUGCGUCCAGGAGCUGAAGCUAAUUUUAUGCUGAAAAUUCAUCCUCUGAAGAAAUAUCCUGUGGAUCUUUAUUAUCUGGUUGAUGUCUCAGCAUCAAUGCACAAUAAUAUAGAAAAAUUAAAUUAUAUUGGAAAAGAUUUAUCUAGAAAAAUGCAAUUUUUCACCACUGACUUUCGUAUUGGAUUUGGCUCGUACGUUGAUAAAACAGUUUCACCAUACAUUAGUAUCCACCCUGAAAGGAUUCAUAAUCAAUGCAGUGACUACAAUUUAGACUGUAUGCCUCCACAUGGAUACAUUCAUGUGCUGUCUUUGACAGAGAACAUCACUGACUUUGAGAAAGCAGUUCACAGACAGAAGAUCUCUGGAAACAUAGAUACACCAGAAGGAAGUUUUGAUGCCAUGCUUCAGGCAGCAGUCUGUGAAAGUCAUAUUGGAUGGCGAAAAGAAGCUAAAAGAUUGCUGCUGGUGAUGACAGACCAGACAUCUCAUCUUGCUCUUGAUAGCAAAUUGGCAGGCAUAGUGGUGCCCAAUGACGGAAACUGCCAUCUGAAAAACAAUGUCUACAUCAAAUCGACAACCAUGGAACAUCCCUCACUAGGCCAACUUUCAGAAAAAUUAAUAGACAACAACAUUAAUGUCAUUUUUGCAGUUCAAGGACAACAAUUUUAUUGGUAUAAGGAUCUUCUACCCCUCUUGCCGGGCACCGUUGCUGGUGAAAUAGAAGCAAAGUCUGCAAACCUCAAUAAUUUGGUAGUGGAAGCCUAUAAGAAACUCAUUUCAGAAGUGAAAGUUCAGGUGGAAAACCAGGUACAAGGCGUCUAUUUUAACGUUACCGCCAUCUGUCCAGAUGGGUCCAGAAAGCCAGGCAUGGAUGGAUGCAGAAAUGUGACAAGCAAUGAUGAAGUUCUUUUCAAUGUAACAGUUACAAUGAAAAAAUGUGAUGUCACAGGAGGAAAAAGCUAUGCAAUAAUCAAACCUAUUGGUUUUAAUGAAACCACUAAAAUUCAUAUACACAGAAACUGCAGUUGUCAGUGUGAGGACAACAGAGAACCUAAAGGAAAGUGUGUAGAUGAAACUCUUCUGGAUUCCAAGUGUUUCCAGUGUGAUGAGAAUAAAUGCCAUUUUGAUGAAGAUCAGUUUUCUUCUGAGAGUUGCAAGUCACACGAGGAUCAACCUGUUUGCAGUGGUCGCGGAGUUUGUGUUUGUGGGGAAUGUUUAUGUGACAAAAUUAAGCUUGGAAAAGUGUAUGGAAAAUACUGUGAAAAGGAUGACUUUUCUUGCCCAUAUCAUCAUGGAAAUCUGUGUGCUGGGCAUGGAGAGUGUGAAGGAGGCAGAUGUCAAUGCUUCAGUGGCUGGGAAGGAGAUCGGUGCCAGUGCCCUUCAGCAUCAGCCCAGCACUGUGUCAAUUCACAGGGCCAAGUGUGCAGCGGAAGAGGCACGUGUGUGUGUGGAAGGUGUGAGUGCACCGAUCCCAGGAGCAUCGGCCGCUUCUGUGAACACUGCCCCACCUGUCAUGAGGCCUGCAAGGAAAACUGGAAUUGUGUGCAAUGCCCUCACUCUCACAAUUUGUCUCAGGCUAUACUUGAUCAGUGCAAAACCUCAUGUGCUCUCAUGGAACAACAACAGGAUUUUGUUGACCAAACAUCAGAAUGUUUCUCCAGCCCAAGCUACUUGAGAAUAUUUUUCAUCAUUUUCAUAGUUACAUUCCUGAUUGGGUUGCUUAAAGUCCUUAUCAUUAGACAAGUGAUACUGCAAUGGAAUAGCAAUAAAACGAAGUCCUCAUCAGAUUACAGAGUGUCAGCCUCAAAAAAGGAUAAGUUGAUCCUGCAAGGUGUCUGCACAAGAGCAGUAACCUACCGACGUGAGAAGCCUGAAGAAAUAAAAAUGGAUAUGAGCAAAUUAAAUGCUCAUGAAACUUUCAGGUGCAACUUCUAAAAAACAAUUUUUAAAUACUUAACAGGAAACUGGAAUUUUUAAUAAUUGCUCCUAAAGAUUAUAAUUCUAAAAGUCACAGGAGGAGACAAAUUGCUCACGGUCACGCCAGUUGCUGGUUGUACACUCGAACAAAGACUGAUAAGCAUCCUCAUCAUCGUGUGACUCACAUGGCUGCUGAGUUUUUCAGAGAAAAAUGUGUCUUACUACUGUUGGAGACUAGUGUCAUAGUAGCACUUUACUGUAACAUAUAACUUAUUUAGAUCAGCAUAGAAUGUAGAUCAUCUGAAGAGCACUGAUUACACUUUACAGGUACCUGCUGUCCUAUACUUCCCAGAGAGACCUGCUGUGAGAGAGUUUAGCAUUGUGUCACUACAAAGGUACAGUAAUCCCUGCACUGCACACGUGAGGGAAAAAUAAUCCGGCAAGUAUAUUCUAAGGUUGCCAAACACUUCAACAGUUGGUGGUUGAAUAGACAAGAACAGCUAGAUGAAUAAAUAAUUCAUGUUUCACUCUUUCAAAUGGUGAACAGAUAAAACCUUAAUCUUAAGAGAUUACUGCUUUUUAAAGUGUGUAGUUCUAGGCAUGUGUGUUUAUGGUUUGCUUCUUUUUACAAGAUAGAUACUAAUUCCAGCAUUCUCUCCUCUUUGCCUUUGUUUUGUUUUUCCUCCUUACAGGAUAAGUUUAUAUAUGUCAGAGAUGACUGGAUUAAUUAAGUGCUAAGUUACUACUGUCAUAAAAAACUAAUAAUACAAUGUCACUUUAUUAGAAUACUGGUUUUAAAAGCUGAAUGUUAAUAGGGAACACAUUAAGUAUCAUCAAAACCUGAACAGCUUCAUUGUGCACAGGUGUGGAGUUUUGUAUCCUCUUACCUGGUAAACUGAAGGGAUUGGCCAUUGCAUUUGUCCGAUCAUUCAUUCACAAGAUAUUUAGAAACUCUGCCUCAAGCAAAGUACCACAUUUUGAAUGUUUUCUUGGAUUUUGACUCAAGUAGAUAUCACCAUUUUCAAAUAUAAAGCUAUGUUAUCUUUUCCCUUCAAUGCAGCCUAAGGAUGUUCUUUUCCUGAAUCACUCCAACCCUUCUUGCCAGAAUUUAUUAAAAAAAACCCAAAAUUAGAGAACAGAUGGUAUCUUAGAAAUAAGCUAUUUUUUUCUUUUUUCUUUUUGAGACAGAGUUUCACUCUUGUCACCCCAGCUGGAGUGCAAUGGCUCAGUCUGGGCUCACUGCUACCUCUGCCUCCAGGUUCAAGCUAUUCUCCUGCGUCAGCCUCCUGAGUAGCUGGGAUUAUAGGCACCCGCUGGCAUGCCCAGUGAAUUUUUGUAUUUUUAGUAGAGACAUGGUUUUGCCAUGCUAGCCAGGCUGAUUUCAAACUCCUGAUAUCCAGUGAUCCAUCUGCCUUGGUCUCCCUAAGUGCUGGGAUUACAGAUGUGAGCCACCAUGCCCGGCCGCUAAUUCUCCUUUUUAGUGAGCUAGGGAACUGAGCCUCAGAAAACUUAAAUGAUUUCUAAAAAAACACUCAAGUGAUAAAGUGGCCACAAUAGAGAGGAGUUUCCGUCUUCUCAUUGCCAGGCCAGUGUUCAUUGCACAAUAUCAUGCUACCUCUUGAAUCUUUAAAAUAUUUAAUUGGCAAAUGUUUUCCAAUGUGAUUUACUCGAGUCUUACGUGUUUGAAAAAAGUUCAAAGCAAAAGAGAAAGAAUAAUUCAGCUUGCAGUCUUUCAUGCUAAUCAGCUUCUGAAGAGACCGAAGCAUGGCAUACGUACAGGCGAAUUCCCUCACACCAAAGCCUGCAUGAACAGUGUUCCCUGGAGUUCUCCAGUGCUCAGCUUGAGACCUUGACACAUGCGCUAUGAGCCCUGUCUUCCCCAGUGGAAAUUUCUUUAGACUUACCUUAUCCCUAUGGACUUAGUCUGACUUUACUGGCUAGCAGUCUAACAGUUCUGUGUGGAAUACACAGUUUUGCCCAUGACAACAAAGGACUCUAUUUGAAAUCUUUUUAUAAUUAACUUCUAUGAUUUGCUGUCUUCCAGCACUUUAAGGUACCAGAUAUUUGCAUUUUGAUGAAGACUAACCCAUCCUAUAUUCUACCCUAAAGAGAACUGAAAAACCUAUAAUAAGUUGUUCAGCAGCUCCACUGGAUGUCCUCUACAGCCAAGCAAUUAUAAUGCUAAUUUGAACUGUAUUUCCUUCCUCAAAUGGGAGGCUGACAUAAUUCAGUACUAUGAGUCACUUGCAUAAGAAACCUUUGAUCACUAAAAAUAAUGUAAAAAUUGCAUUUAGUAGCCUAAUACACAUAACAUUCUUUUUAAAAAGGAAAAUGGAUGGAUACCUUACAACUCUCUGAAAGAAAAAGUGUAAGAUAGCCAUUAAGUUGACAAUGUUUGAAAGGAACAUGAUGUGUGUGAACAAUAAACAAAUUUCUGUAUGUAAUGAAUUAUCCAAAAGUUUUACAAAAUGAAAUCCUUAAAAAUCAAGGGUUUAUAUAUGUUUUACACCCUAACUAGUUUGUACUAACUUUAUAAUGGACUAAGGCUGUAACCAUAGGAAGGGACAAACUUCCUUGUAGGCAACUCAGUGUUAGAUGAUCGUGGUUAUGCUUGUGAAGUCUUGUGCUUACUUUUAAAAAAAAAAAAAACUUAAAAAGCUAAUUUUUAAAGAUUGUAGGGCUUAUGUUUUACUUGAAUAAUUGAUAAUUUCCUGUGUAAUGCUUUGUGGGAUGAGAAAAGUUGACUGGUUAGAAUUAAUUAAAUGCUAAGGGAACACAGGGUAUUCUUAAGUUAAUUUAUGUAAAUAGACUCUGUUUUCAACUAAUAUGGCCACAGGAGCCUUUUGAGAUUCAUUUAUAUUAAACACAAUUAAUGAAAUUUU